AUGACAGACUCGACAAGCCAAAACAUCAAAGAUCUCCAAGAUUUUUUUGACGACUACCCAGACCUACCGCCCCCAACUCAGUCUGCUUCCGCGAACCUACAAAUGUUCCCAAAAGUAACCACACGGAAGAAUGAAUCAACCGGCAAGAAUGGUCGACCAAUCAUCACUUUCGGAGUUGAGCUCGAGAUGACAAUAGCAUGGAUCUACCCUAACGACACCGAUCCUGAACCUGAAGAUCCACGUAUAGUUAAGGGUAUUGUUGUGGAAAAUGUGGAUUCCUCCCUCAUAAGAGUACAAGUCUACAAGCAUAUUAUGAACACCCUACGGAAAGCCGGCAUUAGAUGUUUAUCUGAUUGGGGCUUUGAGGCCGUUUUGGGCGAGAAAGAAACAUAUUGGCUCAUCAAAGACGAUGGGAGUAUUUAUCCUCCAACUCGACCAUAUGACCAAAGGGAUGAUUAUCAAUUCAUAGGCGUCGAAAUUACCUCACCACCCUUCUACUCCUGCGAAGACGCGCGUGCGCAGGCUGCCGUUGUUUACGAUAUCCUCACGAGCAAUUAUCGUGUUUCAUGUCCGGAGUCGACGGGUAUGCAUGUGCAUGUGGGACUAGGAUUGCGAAAUGGGGUUGAGAAAGCAUGGAAUACAAGGGUUCUAGCGAACCUGAUGGCAGUGCUCUGGGUAUUCGAAGAUCGCCUGGACUUGAUCCACCCACAGAGGCGACGAACCGGAGGAUACAGCAAUUUGUAUUGUCCUUAAUUAAGAGAAGCGGCAGUCCUUGGAGAAUCACUAAAAGAGAGCCCCAACUGGAAGCGAGAGGGUCUAGAGAGUAUCCUGGAGCUAAAAGACGAAAAAGACUGCAUGGAAAUCAGGAAAUUGCUUUCUUUCAAAGGCGGUAUCAACCGCGUAAACUACAACAUCAGAAACCUCGCAGACAAUGUCAAAAGGGGCAGGACCAUCGAAUACCGUCAAAAUGAGGGCACUCUCCACGGUAAGAGGGUUAGCGCCUGGGUUAAGGUAUGUGCGGGACUUGUGGAGUUUGCGCUUACAGUUGAUCAGGACAAAUUGGAAGAUUUCCUUAGGCGGUGUGUGGAUGACGCACCCGAAGACUAUACCGUUAUAGAUCUACUAAUAGCUAUUGGCAGCUCAGACGUAGCGGAGUUCUACGCCUAUAGAUUUCGUGACAAUGACCCUACUCAAACCCCCCCAACACCGUCUCCCCUAGACACGCCUCCUAGGGAUGCCUCGCCCCCCGGAGAGGUGUAUACUUUCUAUAUACUGGGGAUGUAA